AUGUUGGAUGCUUUCUACUCUGCUGUUCAGAGUGAGGGUGGAUCUAACGUGGAAAUUGUUGUGUCAGCGAGUGGAUGGCCUUCAUACGGAGGUACAGAUGCAGCCGUGGCUAAUGCACAAACUUACUGCAGCAAUUUGAUAAAACAUGUUAAGGGAGUGACAGGGACCCAAAAGAGGCCUGCGAAGGCUAUUGAAACUUACCUCUUUGCCAUGUUUGAUGAGAACCAGAAUUCAUGGGCUGAGACCGAGAAACAUUUUGGCCUUUUCUCUUCAGACAAACAGCCUAAAUACCAGCCUUCUGUCAAUUUUGCAAUCUCAAAAUAUACCACGAUUUGUAGCGAGUAA